UCAUCUAAUUUCAUCUAAUUUCAUCUCAAAUUCGGAUCGAUGAAGAAGAAGGUAUCAUGGAGGUCGUUUCUGCCGCCGUUCUGCUGCGGCGGGUUGCCGGCGAAGGCGGGGAAGAGGGUGGCGGCGAAGCAGAGUUCUUUCACUAGGCUUUCUAUGGUGGAUUUGAGCAAUCCAAAUUCUGUUCUUUCGGAGGAUCUCUCUGUAUCUCUGGCUGGCUGCAAUAUUCACAUGUUCACUUUGGGAGAGAUUAAGGUUAUGACUCAGAGCUUCUCGACCGGUAACUUCCUCGGAGAAGGUGGCUUCGGACCGGUCUAUAAGGGGUUCAUCGAUGACAAGCUUCGGGUCGGCCUCAAGGCUCAGCCUGUUGCUGUCAAGCUCUUGGACUUGGAUGGAUCUCAAGGCCACCGCGAGUGGUUGACGGAGGUGAUUUUCUUGGGACAAUUGCGAGAUCCACAUCUAGUGAAAUUGAUUGGAUAUUGCUGUGAAGAUGAACACAGGGUGUUGGUUUAUGAGUACAUGCCAAGGGGCAGCUUAGAGAACCAGCUCUUUAGAAGAUUUUCAGUGUCACUGCCAUGGUCAACUAGAAUGAAAAUAGCUUUAGGAGCUGCCAAGGGACUGGCCUUCCUUCAUGGAGCAGCAAAACCAGUAAUUUACAGAGAUUUCAAAGCUUCCAACAUCUUGUUGGAUUCCGAUUACAACGCAAAGCUUUCCGAUUUCGGGCUCGCUAAAGAUGGCCCUGAUGGAGAUGACACCCAUGUCUCGACCCGAGUCAUGGGCACUGAAGGCUAUGCCGCUCCCGAGUACGUUAUGACAGGUCAUUUGACGGCUAUGAGUGAUGUAUAUAGUUUCGGUGUGGUUCUUUUGGAGUUGUUGACGGGACGACGGUCGUUAGAGAAGAAUCGGCCACAUCGAGAGCAGAAUUUGGUUGAGUUUGCUAGAUCAAUGUUGAAUGACCCUAGAAAGCUGGGUCGGAUCAUGGACACGAGACUAGAAGGACAGUACUCGGAGAUUGGAGCAAGAAAGGCAGCGGCAUUGGCAUAUCAAUGUUUAAGCCAACGCCCGAAGCAACGACCGACGAUGAACGAAGUGGUGAAAAUCUUGGAGCCAUUAAAGGAUUACCAAGACAUGCCUAUUGGAACUUUUGUUUUCGAGAUGCCGGAGAAGACUCCGACAUCGAAGGGAAGCGAAACUCCGAAAGAAGAGAGGAAGAAAGUGAACGACGAAGGGCAUCACGAAAAUGGUCAUCAUAGAGGACAAAAUCAUCAUCUCCGACACCCCAGAUCGCCGAAUUCAUUGCCUGAAAAUGGGGUGAGGAACGGCAACCGACGGCCGACGAGCUCAGUGUUGCACCCUAGAGGUGGCAACGGCGACCGAAGACCUUAGGGCCGUUGGAUUUGGAAUAGUCGUGUAAAUGAUCAGAUAUGUAGAUAGAGAUAUUGUGCGGAAUUUCAUUUGUUAUAAUUUUU